AUGGUUGAAGUGGUGGAUUAUUAUGAUUCUCCUGGAGAAAUUUAUUCCUUCGGGAAUUGUACAACACUUAAUGAGUACGUAAGACAAACGUCAAAUGACUGGUCUACUUAUUAUUCUGUAUGGUUUAUUUUUGCUGUUAUAUAUUCUAUAAUUAUAAGUUUGGGUAUUGUUGGAAAUUUAUGUGUAGUUCUUGCUGUAAUAAGAACAAAAUCUUUACAAACAGUUCCAAAUUAUUUUAUUAUGUCACUUAGUUGUUCAGAUAUGGUUGUUUCAACUAUUUCAGCAACUGUUACUCCAUUUACUGCUUUUGCAAAAAAUUGGUAUUUUGGAAGACAUGGAUGUAUGAUUUUUAAUACUUUAGGUGGAAUGUCAAUUAUAUUCUCAACAUUAACACUUACUGCCAUAUCAAUAGAUCGCUUAAUUUUAAUACGUUAUCCAAUGAAAACUCCAAUAAAUCAAAGUCAAGCAUUUAUAUGGAUUUUUUGUAAUGUAGCUGCUGGUAUAAUAUUUUCUUUACCAAGUGCAUAUCAUAGUGAAAUUCAAGUAAUUUCAAAUAUUUGUGGAGAAUUUUGUGAUGAAAAUUGGGGUGAUGAUAAAGAUAGUUUUCGUAUGUAUUAUUCUGUUCUUAUUUAUGCUGUACAGUUUGUAAUACCAUUAACAAUAAUUAUUAUAUGUUAUACAUUAAUAUCAUUAAGAUUAAAUCAAAGUUUAUUACUUAAAAAAGCAAAAAAUAAAAAUGGUUGGGAGACAGAUCAAGAAAGAGUUGCUGUUAAAAGAAAAGCAAGAACAAAUAGAAUGUUUAUUGGUAUGGUUGUUGCAUUUAUAUUAUCAUAUCUUCCAAAUGUUGUUUUUAAUAUAUUAAGAGAUUUUAAUCAAGUACCAAAAUUUAUUAGUGAACAAGGUUAUUUUUUUGGAAUUGUAAUGCAUUGUAUUGCUAUGACUUCAACAAUAUGGAAUCCAUUGUUAUAUGCAGCAUUAAAUUAUCAAUUAAGAGCAGCAUUUAUAGACUUAAUGCCAGCAUGUAUUCAUCGUAAACUUGCAUUUUUAAAGAAAAAAGAAACACGAGGAUCAUUGAGGCAAAAAGGUGGUGUAAAUGCAAAAGUAAAAACAUAUGUCAAUUGCAAUAAUGUAAUUAACGAUAACUGCCAUCUAGAACAAAAGUCUUUAAAUAUAAAUUUUGAUAAAAAUGAAGAAAGCCAUUUGACAGAUGAAAUAAGUGUACAAAUAACAUUAACACCAUCAAAUAAAUAUUCAAGAGGAGAAUUAUUUUACAAAAAUCUUACAUCAACAUUACAAAGAAUUAUACCAAAUUCUAUUACUAGUAAAAUGGAUGCUUUUAUUGUAUCAAAUCAUCUUUCACAUAAUAAAAAGAUUGUUUCAAAUAAUAUAAAAAAUAUUCCAUCAACACAAUAUUUUUCUCUUCCUGAUACAAAUCAAACUCCUUCUAUAAAUAAAUUUCAAGAAAUUCAAUUUACCAAUUUAGAUACUUUAAAAGAAGAUGAAGAAAAUAUAUUGGAAGAAAAAGAUAAAGAAAAAAGUGAUUUAAGUCGAAAAAAUGUUUCACAAAUUCCUCAAGUUGUUAUAUCUGAUUAUAGUGAUGUUAAUGAAUCUGAAGAAAGUAAUGAUAAUGAAAACCUGCAAUUAGUCCAUUCUGAUUCUGUUUUAAGAUAUGAACCAUCAGAUACUGUUCUUUAA